UGGUAGAUUCAGUGGCUGCCCGGCCACCACGCCGGCACAACUACUUUUAUUGCUGCCAUAUUUAUAGCGACAAACGCACAUAUCUUUUAUUAUUUAACAUUUAAUGUGGACGGCAAAUCAUGUGUUAGAUCAAUCAACUUGUUCAGGCUCAGUGUUAUCAAGGAAAUUUUUUAACGUUUUAGUGAUUUUAUUAUUCAUGUGAUUAAUUGUGCUUUUCUCAUGGCCAGAGUCAUAGAAAACGAUUUUAAAUACUGAAGAAAAAUGCCAACGGCGGACGCAGAGCCAGCUCUGGUAGAAGACAUCGGUCAAUUAGAAGACUUGGAUGAACCCCCUGCUGGCAGAGGCGGGAGGGGAACGGGUGGAGGUGCCAGAGAAACCGGGGAAAGAGGGUCGCGUGAUGUCGGUAGAGAUGGACGAGAUGCUCGUGACAAUGGACAGGGUGGUAGAGCCGGGUUAAUGAAACCCCUCGUUGUUCUAGCACUUCCGGGGAUGUAUCUUUUUUAUAAAUAUAGUCAGUAUCGGCGUGAACAGCGUGAAUUGUCGAGAAGAAGAAUAACUGAACGUGAAUUGCAGCAUUUGCAUCAUAAAAUUGAUAAACUACUCACCAAGUUGGAAGAAAAUGAACCCGAGUUGGCUUCCUCACAAGAAGACGAAUGUGUCAUCUGCGUAAACGCAAGAGCGACCAUGCAAACAGCGCCAUGUGGUCACCGUGUGGUUUGCAGACGAUGCUUUGUUAAAACAAUACAGAUGGCCGUUUCUCAAAGACUGUUACCCCUAAGAUGCGUCAUCUGUCGUGCUAAAAUUUUACGAUUAAAACAAACGCUUAUUCCUCGUGAUUAUUCAAUGUCGGGAAAAUCGUGGGUACUGCCUCAGAGUGCAUCAGAGUACAGUAUGGGCGCAGGUGUCGGAACGAGCGGGAGUGUCAGUGGUAAUAGAUGGUCCAGUGGUAAUGUACCAGCAUCAGCUUCACUCUAUUCAAUGGCCAGUGGAUCAUCCUCAAUAUCUGGCGUGUCUUCCGUAUCGUCAGCAACCUCGACGUCCUCAUCGUCAGCAGGAAGUACCGCGAGUGCUCCUGUUAAACUUUCCCGACACUUGAGACAGCCAUCAGGUGUUACCUUCAGACGAACACAAACUCAGUCCAUGAAAAUGAGAAUACACGAGUACCAGGAUCCUAGUCCGCAGAUUAACGAUAAUGAUGAAAACCGUGAUAAUAAUAAUAAAAAUGACCGUCGACUGCCACCGAUCAAAGAGUUCCAGCGAGAUUAUCGAGCUGGAAAAGCUUCCACAAGGCUUAGAUGCGCACAGAAAAUUGUAACUCAAUUGGAAAUAACACCAAGCUACAGAGUGUCACUCUGUAGUCCUGCGACGACAUCAAACGCGGAAGCAUCAACGCAAUCAAGACCAACAUCAUCAUCAUCAACGUCAUCUUCCGUAUCCGCGACAGCCUCAGUAUCAACAAAAACAGUAACUCCAGUGUCAUCGUCAACAAAAAGACCGAGUAGUGUCUCGAGAAAGCCUUUGACGGCAGUUCAAGAGGUCCAGAAUACUAAAAAAGAAAAGGAGAAAGAAAAAGAACGUGAGAAAGCGGAAAAAGCGCGAAUUAAAGAAGAAGAGAAAGCGGAGAAGGCCAGACAAAAGGAGGCGAAAAAACUGGCCAAGGAAGAAAAGAAGAGAGCGAAAAAAGAAGCCAAGGCACGACGAAAGGAAGCCGAGGAGGCUCUUCUUCGAGACGAUAAAUAAAAUAGAUGAAUAAAUUUUUUUUUUUAUUUUCUUUGGAUUUUUAUUCCUCCUGCCAAUCCUAGAAGAUCAAUUGCCGAACAAUAAUAUUUUUUAUGUUAUUUAUUAUCAAUAUUAUCCUUACGAUCUUAAAUAAAUCCUAAUUAACAAGCGGCUUAAAAUCAUAAACAAAAUAAUUUUAAAAAAUAGGCGAUAAAAAAAACGUUAAGUCUAGUGGCCAAAAAAUAUUUAUUAACUGUAAUUGUAACUUUAUUAUUAUAUACAUUCAAUCCUAUAGGGAUUUUUUUGCAUUUAUCAACAGCCAUGUGCUAAAAAAUAUCAGGUUAAUUUUAGACUAAUGCAAUUAGUUCGGCUAGGAUUUAAAUUUAAUGGCUCACUUAUCAUUUUUAUUGACUUCUCAUUACUUAUAAAAAGUGUUUAUUUGCUUAUAAAGCAGUGAACCCCCAUGAAAAAAAUUUAUAAAAAAAAUAUAUGUUAAAAUAUAAAAAAAAAAUAUUUUUCAUAUAAAAAAAAUAUAUUAAAAAUACAUAAAAAUAUAUAAAUAUAUAUAAAAUAUGUAUUAAAA